UUUCCCCCGUUGAACGUCCAGGUGUCGUUCACUUAAAAACGACGCAGUGUCGACCUCCGAAGUCGCCGCAAGGGAUCAUAAAUGUCAGCACAAGGAACUCCACUACCUGACAAUCUACAGUCUCCUGUUGGGAGAAAGACUAACCCAAAAGCGCCAGCGAAGGUAGCAGGCAAACGACGCGCCGGAUCUGGUGCCAAUGGCACCACGAAGCGCGCGACACGUCGAGAACUCAAGAAAUUGGUAGAAAUGGACUUGGAGGAGAAGGACGACGUCCCCACAGCGAUCAAGAAGGAAAACACUGCCGCUGUGCCGUUUGGAGUCGAUGCAGCUAGUGCGUCAAUCACUCCUACGAGUCUUCAUGAUGAUUUCGUGAAUAUGAUGAAGACGCAAGGUCUGGAGAAGAUGGCAACCGAGGCGGGUCUAUUAAAGAACGGCGCUCUUGUAGAGUCCCAGGUCCCGGCAACUCCGUCCGCUGCUACGACUCCAGCCAGCUCUGGCAGUGGAAGGAAAACGACGUCAGUAGCUUCAACACUCGCAAGCCCGUCGUUUACCAGUCCUUCACCGGGGAAGAAGAGGAAAUAUUUGAAGAUCAACAAGGGUUUGCGCCAUUUUAGCAUGAAAGUGUGCCAAAAGGUGGAGGAGAAGCACGUUACAUCGUACAACGAAGUCGCUGAUGAGCUGGUGCGCGAGUUCGUCACGAUGCGACCAAAUGAUGCGGUGUACGACGAGAAGAACAUCCGUCGACGUGUUUACGAUGCGUUGAACGUGCUGAUGGCCAUGGAUAUUAUUUCAAAAGAACGGAAGGAGAUCCGAUGGAAAGGACUUCCGUCCAAUCUGCAGCAUGACACGGAAAUGCUUCUGGUUUGUUUCCAGCCACUAGUACACUCAGGUGGGAGCAAUAUUAACUUGCUUGUAUGUGUCUUGUGGCAGGCUGAACGAAAUGAACGGAUGAAGAGUGUGGAGCAGAAGAAGCAACAUCUACAGGAUCUAUUGGUACAGCAAGUUGCAAUGAAGAACCUCCUGAAGCGAAACGCCGAUCGCAAGCGUAAGGAGAGCGAGAAUCCCACAUCUGCCACCAUCGUACGCGAUGAAGGACGAGUGUUCUUGCCAUUUAUUGCAGUGAACACUAGCAAAGAUACUGUGAUUCAGUGCGAGAUGUCGGAAGACCGACAGGAUAUUUUCUUCAACUUCAGUGCACCGUUCGAAAUCCACGACGACGCAGAUAUUUUGCAGAAGCUUAACUUACACAAGGUGCCGUACGCUGAGCUGAAGCAAAUGGUGCCCGACAAACUGUUGUCCUAUCUCCCUGCCGAGUGUGAGAUGAAGAGCGAAGAGUAGAAAGCGAUGUUCCAGAUAGGUAGGUAGUUUAAUACAGUAAGAAUUCGUGUUCGUGGAAUUUCAUCGACACCAUUUCAGUUUGGGAC